AAUAGCUCAUCAAACUCACACACCAGUGACAAAAUCAGCAUGGCUACCAUCAAACCAAAGUUAUCAAUCUAUCUUAUGCUAAUUGCCCUCAUUCUUGCAUAUGAUCUAUGUCCUUUAUCAGCAUUGACAUGCACUAACGUGCAACAAUCACUUCAACCAUGUAUUCGCUACGUGAAGGGGAUCGGUAUCUUGACGGCUCCGUGCUGUGCCGGCGUUCGGCAACUUAAUAAUGUGGCGAAAACCACGGCGGACCGCCGACUUGUUUGCGGUUGUCUCAAAAAAUUCUACUCCAUGAUCCAUGGUUUCAAGCCCAGCCUCAUUCCCGGCAUUCCGGGAAUGUGUCGUGUUAAACUACCGUAUUCAAUUAGUGCCAAUAUGGAUUGUUCCAGGAUAGGCUAAGCCGGAGUUCCUGAUAUUUUAUAGAUCUAUUUUGUGUGAUAAAAAACCAUUGAACUUGGUGUGUGUAUUUAUGUACAUGUUGCAAGUCAAAGUGAAUGAUUUUAUUCUUCACAUUACUGUUUGAAAAUGUUUAUCAUAUUGAGUAGCAUAACAUGCUACUUGAGGUUUUAUUUAUUGCCAGUGUGUCUGUAACUGUCUUCUCUUUAAUAAAUGGUGGAUAUACUUUUAAAUUUUAA